CACAAUUUAAAAACAACCCCGAAACCCAUAAUUUCAACACCAAUCUCAACCUUCAACGUUCCCCAACCCGCGUCCACAAUGCCUUGUCACACCAAUACCCCCAACGCCACUCAAUCCCGAGGCGACCACCCCUCCCGCGACCAGCCGCUCUAUUCAACUAAUGCAGCUGGGUAUCCUCGACCCGCGCCCCUAAGGCCAUCUCGUCCCGUUCCACAGCCAAUAUGCGCCUAUUCCUCACGCGAACGACCAACCCGCUCCACCGGUACGGUACGGGAACCUAUGCAGGCGCCCCCUAGACAGCCCCGUAUCGUCUUCCAACCCACGGCAGCACAACCUCCAAAUGAGCGGCCACUCAAUUCAACCGGUGCAGCCGAAGAGCCCCUACUAGUGCCCCAUAGGCCAUCCCCUACCGCUCCCCAACCCACGGCAGCCCGUCCCUCACGUGGACCACCGUCCUCCUCAACCAACUCAGCCCAGAAUCUCCAGCACGCCCCUCCUGAAUACGGCACUACUGCUGUCGACUGGAACGAGCGAGGCCCAAUGAACAAUGUGUGGGAUGCUCUCUACGCGGAGCGCGAUGCCACAAGGGCCGCAGAGAAAGCCGCCUUUAGGGCGCGAUGGGCGGCCCGCUUUCAGCUACUACAUCCUACGAGGCUGCUCAAGAGGUUCGCUGGGAUCUCGUCGCCAGAGUGGAGUGAGGUGCCUUUGCUGUCUGCGGGAUCUUUGGCUGGGCUGUUGCCGGAGAUUCGGGUGGGGGAGGCGUUUGGUGAGGAGUUCGGAGAUGGUUAGGUACGGGGUCUUUCUCUACUUUCUUGAUGUAGGAGAGGGGGAAAGUUUAGGAAGGGAUGCGGUUCUUGAAGUUGUUUGAGUUGGAUGUUUGAACUGGGGCGGUUGGAUAGUC